AUGGGGUUACUUCCACACCGUUUUGGUCUGGCGGCGCUCAACCAACCUCGCCUCUCUUCUUUACUCUCCUCCUUCCACCAUCAAUUUACAGCUGAAUGUGGUGCGCUGGAUUAUAAUGGCGAUAAUGAGGAAGAUGCUAAAGCAAGAGAGAAAGAUGCUGCCCUGCAUUCGGCUCUCUCACGCCUUUCGGGCGAUUUCGGGCACGAAUCCAUGUUAUCAUUGCCGCGGUUUUUUCGCCCCAGGCGUGCUCCUGUUAUCUCCACUGGUUCCUUGAAGCUUGAUCUGGCCCUCGGGACCGGAGGGUUGCCCAAGGGAAGAAUUGUUGAAAUUUAUGGGCAGGAAGCAUCUGGCAAGACUACGCUCGCACUCCACAUUGUCAAGGAAGCUCAGAAGCUUGGAGGGUAUUGCGCAUAUCUGGAUGUAGAGAAUGCAGUGGACCCUGCACUUGCACAAUCAAUGGGUGUAAACACAGAAAACCUUCUUAUUUCUUAUCCCAAUUCUGCUGAAAAUGUGCUGAAUGUGGUCGACACUUUGGCUAAAAGCGGUUCCUUGGAUGUAAUUGUUGUGGAUAGUGUAGCUGCUCUGGUCCCCCAGUGUGAGCUUGAUGUUGCAAUUGGUAGUGCAUACCCAAACACUCAGUCAAGAAUAAUGACCCAAGCACUUAGGAAAAUUCAUUCCUCAUUAAGCCAUUCUCAAGCACUUGUUGUUUUUAUAAAUCAGGUUAGAUCCAGUCCAAACUCAGGGCAGGGUUUUGGACCCGUGGAUGAGGUCACCUGUGGUGGAAAUGCCUUGCGAUUCUAUGCAGCAGUUCGAUUAAGAAUAAAAAGAACCCAGUUGCUUAAGACUGAGGAUAAGAUCACAGGUCUUGGGAUUUCUGUGCAAGUGGUGAAAAAUAAAUUGGCACCUGCAAUGAAGAAAGCUGAUCUGGGGAUACAAUUUGGUAGAGGGUUAUGCUGUGAAUCUGAGGUUUUGCAAUUGGCUUGUGAACAUGGGAUCAUUGCAAAAGAAGGAAACAACUACCACAUAGGAAGACAUGUUUUUAGUAAUGAACAUUCAGCGGAACAGUAUCUGGCUAAAAAUGAUGUGAUUUUGAGUAAGAUGGUUAGGAUCUUGAGGCAUAAUAUAUUCGAAGAAGAUCUGCACAGUUAG